UCGUUGGUUGGGUGGUUUUAAAGUCCGUCGCUAAAUCGAGCUAGUUACCCACCUAGAAUUUUUGUUCUCAUCUGAACAUUCGUCCGUUUUAUAAUCGGUCAUGAUUUCUUGAUUGUGCUUUGUACGUAACCAUACUUGUUUAGUCUGGUUAUGCUGGAGGGAUCACGUGUUUGAGGACAUAUGAUAUUUUUCUGGGAUCCUAAGAACUUAUCGGCAACAUGAAUUUGUUGUGCUCCGCCAUUUUGUUAGCACUUGCAGGUCUUGCAUGCUGCCAGGAUUGUAAUUUUGACGCUAAUCGUACAUCGAAUCAACGAUGCGGAUGGUCCAACGCCUACGAAGACGACUUUGAUUGGUCUGUCAGGCGAUUGCCAACCCCGACCCCGUUCACGGGACCGUCAGGGGACCAUACAACAGGCAGUGGCAACUUCCUCUACACCGAAGCAAGCGGGCGGAACCCUGGAGAGAAAGCGAGGAUCUACAGUCCCUUCGACUCCCCGGCCAACGAGGUUGGCACGGACAUGACGAUGAUCUCGUUCUGGUACAGCAUGUGGGAUGGCUUCGACAGGGGUUCUCCGCUUAACAGGACGAACAUGGGCACACUCAACGUCUAUAUCACCUACGACGGCGGGAAAGUCCCGAUAAACCCGCCCGUCUGGUCACGCUCGGGAUCGCAGACAGAUAGGUCCGGAUGGAAAGAGGCCAAGAUCAUGUUUACGGCCCCUAAUCAGUUUCGGAUUGUAUUUGAAGGUGUCAUAGGUAAAGGAGAAAGAUCUGACAUCGGUAUUGACGACGUAAUGGUCAGACAACCCAAAAUCCCCAACACGUGUAACUUUGAGAGCAGUGAGAUGGGUGAUCUGUGUUUCUUUUACCAAGAGGACAUCGAAGACGACUUCGACUGGACGAGACACUCUGGUGAAACGCCCUCUCUUGACACUGGACCACUUACUGAUCACACCCUCAUGAACGAUACAGGGCACUAUAUGUACAUCGAAACGACACGCAAAAAUGAUCAAGAUACUGCUAUCUUGAAAUCCGUCGAGUUCUUCAAGGAAAGAAUACCUUGUAACGUCGACUUCUACUACCACGCUUUUGGGGACAAUGUUGGUGAGCUCUUAAUGGCUAUUUCAUAUAGCUAUACUACAAUUACCUACUAUAUUGUAGUACGUGGCCAAAGCAACCUCACUGAUACGUGGAAGCACUUCAACGUAUCCAUUCCCGAGAGCCUGGGAUAUUACACCAUUUCAUUUAUUGGAUCACGUGGCGAUGGAAAUUUGGGUGAUAUCGCGUUCGACGACAUUUCCCUAAGUGAAGGUUGCUUUGCUACCGACGUAUGUGGAAGCAAUCCUUGUCUCAAUGGAGGUUCAUGUAAUCCCCAAGCGAAUUCUCAAUAUUACUGCGGCUGCACAUUCGGCUGGACAGGUCAGAAUUGCGAAACAGAUAUUGAUUUCUGCAUAAAUAAAACCUGCCAUGAGGGACAUAUUUGCCACGAGAUUGGAAACGGUGGUUACGAGUGCUUGUGCCCCGAGGGCUACCAGGGCUCUACUUGCCAGGAAAAGAUUCCAACGAUUGAACCCCUCGAGCCUGUCAACCCUCCCGAGCCGAUCGACAUCCGAAUCGAUGGCGUCGACCCCGAGAUGAUCCCCGUCAUUAUCGGUAGUUGCAUCGGGUCCUUCAUCCUGAUCGCCACCGCCGCCUGGUUCACGGCCACGUGCAUCAAGAACGACGGCUUCCGACGGAAAGCAGAGGCCAUCGAGGGCGUGAAGGACCUCGAUGUCGAGGAUGGAAAGUCAAAUGCAUACAUCAAUACCACAUACGACCCGGAUGACCCGGACGACGAAGGCAAGAAUGAAGUGGGUCCAUCGACGUCGGAGAAGAAGGAUGUCGAGGAAGCUGAAGAGUCACCAUGCGGAUCGGGAGAGACUACCGGGGAAAAGGACGUAAAAGCACCCGACUACGAAAACGUUACUGACAAGCCUUCUGGUUCAGAAGAUAAAGUGAAAGAUGAAGAGGUGAAGGAGGCGGUGAACGAAGACGUGAAAGAGGUGGUGAAAGAUCAGAAUGAAUACGAAGAGGUCAAGGAAGUGGAAUCGAAACCGGAGGUGCAAAAGGAGGAAGACAUCCGCGAAGUUGAGAAGACGAUGCCGACUGAUUUGUCGACGAAAUACGAUGAUGAUUCGGAUUCUCCACCUCAAGAGUCAGAGGAAAACAAAGAAAAGGGGGUAGUUUUAUCAACGUCACUUUAAAACCCCAAACAUUUUUUUCUUUAUCAUAAUUAACGGUGAUUGUUGAAAUAAUGUACGACCACUUUUAAGAAAGUGAAAAGCAAAGACAAAUCAAUUGAUCACUUUUGUAAGCAGUUUAUUAUCUUUAUGUUCUUACAAAAUAUACACUAUAGAACUGAAAAUGGUUGAUUAUACAAUUGCGUUGAUAAAGUGAUUAUAUUAUUUGGGUGAAAGUCUCUUUUUCUUCAAAUAACAGUGUUGUAGAAACGAGUCCAAAGUUUUAACCAGGAGAAGAAAAUCUUUUGAUCUGUUCGCAUUUUGUCUCGAAAUCGAUACCUAGGCCGAGACGUAGAAAAAGAGACCGUAGAUAAAACAAAAUACAUGUACUUUAUGACCACAAAUUGCAUGUAAAAUGAUAAUUACACUUUCACCCAAAAUAACGGAUUAAGAGAAGAUUAAGAACAGCCAAAAAUAAGUGGAAUAACAAUGAUGAAAAUUAGUGUUUGAUAAGCAAGCUGUUUUUAAAGUUAACUUACAUAAUGCAAUUGCACUGGAAAGUAUUGGAACCGGAAUUGAAGCAUUAAUCAGUGUCGAAGAACCUUUUUACAAUAUUGAUUUCUUUUUUUUAGCUCAUGAAAUUUGGUUCUUCAGAAUGUAAUACUUGUGAUGGUGAUACAUCAUGAUGCUCUGUAUCUAUAUAGACGAGCAAUUUUUGUGUACAAUUUGUAUGCGUAUAGUUCACAGAGUAUAAUGUCCAAAUAAUAUUAUACACAAAGUCCGAUAAGGAAAACGUGAAGUUUUACUCUCGUGACUGGUAUAUUAAUUUAUGGUAAGCUUUCCGAAAUAUGAAAAAAAGGGUGCAUAUAUUAAAUCCCAUAAUUAUCUCGUUUUACAUAUAUAUAUAUAUAUAUAUAUAUAUAUAUAUAUAUGUAUAUAGAUAUAGGAGUUGGAAGGUUACACUUUAUUGGUACGAGUUAUACAGACUGU